AUGGCCGACGAGAAGAGGACGCCUUCGUCUGAUUCGGACAAGGCAAAGAUCCAGCACACCGAGGCGCACGGCGGGGCGCAACUUGAAGCGGUCGCCGGGAGAGGCCACGCCGCCACGGACGAGUACGGGCAAGCCCUGGUCCAGUUCGAUCCCAAGGCCGAGGCCAGGCUCCGCAGGAAGCUUGACUUGUACCUCGUCCCGACCGUCUCGCUGCUUUAUCUCUUCUGCUUUAUUGACAGGGCAAAUAUCGGAAACGCCAGGAUUGCCGGGUUCGAGAAGGACUUGGGCAUGAAAGGCUACGACUACAACGCACUGCUGUCCAUCUUCUACAUCUCGUACAUCGUGUUCGAGAUCCCGUCCAACAUCAUGUGCAAGUGGAUCGGACCCGGUUGGUUCAUUCCGGCCAUCUCUCUCGGCUUCGGCAUCGUCUCGGUCUGCACGGCCUUUGUGCACAACUUCGCGCAGGCCGCCGGGGUUCGCUUCCUGCUCGGCGUGUUUGAGGCCGGCAUGCUACCGGGCAUUGCCUACUACAUGUCUCGCUGGUAUCGCCGGUCCGAGCUCACCUUCCGCCUGUCGCUGUACAUCGUCAUGGCGCCCAUGGCCGGCGCGUUCGGCGGCCUCCUGGCCUCGGGCAUCCUCAGCCUGAGCCACUUCGGCGGCUUGCACUCCUGGCGCAUGAUCUUCGGCAUCGAGGGCAUUAUCACCAUCGGCAUCGCGGUCAUCAGCUUCUUCACGCUCACCGACCGGCCCGAGACAGCGCGCUGGCUGAGCCAAGAGGAGAAGGACCUCGCCAUUGCCCGCGUCAAGUCGGAGCGCGUCGCCACGACCGAGGUGCUCGACAAGAUGGACAAGAAGAAGCUCCUCCAGGGCAUCCUCAGCCCCGUGACCAUGUCGACUUCGGUGAUGUUCCUGCUCAACAACAUCACGGUGCAAGGCCUGGCCUUCUUCGCUCCCACCAUCGUCCGCACCAUCUACCCGGACAAGUCGACGGUCACGCAGCAGCUGUACACCGUGCCGCCCUACGUCGUCGGCGGCUUCUUCACGCUGGCGCUGCCCCUGAUCAGCUGGCGCCUGGACCGGCGGCAGAUCAUCAUCAUCCUCACGACGCCGCUGGUCAUCGUCGGCUACAGCAUGUUCCUGGGCACGGAGAACUCCAACGCGCGCUACGCCGCCACCUUCCUCCUGUCGAGCUCGCUCUUCGCCAUCGGCCCGCUGUCGAACGCGCAGGUCAGCGCCAACGUCGUGUCCGACACGGCCCGCAGCAGCUCGAUCGGGCUGAACGUCAUGAUGGGCAACGUCGGCGGCCUCAUCUCCACCUGGAGCUACCUGCCGUGGGACGGCCCCAACUACCAUAUCGGCAACGGCCUCAACCUGGCCGCCUGCUGCACCGUGCUCAUCGUCUCGACCCUGACCCUGUUCUGGAUGAAGUGGGACAACAAGCGCCGCGACGGCCGCAGCGUUGAGGAGGAGCUCGCGGGUAUGUCGCAGCAGGAGAUCCAGGAUCUGGAUUGGAGGCAUCCCGCCUUCCGCUGGAAGCCGUAG